AUGAAUGCCUGUGCCAGUGCCUGUGCCUGUGCCUGUGCCUGCCUGCCAAUGCCUGUGCCAGUGCCUGUGCCAGUGCCUGUGCCUGUGCCUGAUGAGUGCCAGUGCCAGUGCCUGUGCCUGUGCCUGUGCCAGUGCCUAGUGCCUGGUGCCUGUGCCCUGCCUGUGCCUGGAGUGCCUGGUGAUGCCUGGUGCCAGUGCCUGUGCCAGUGCCUGUGCCAUGCCUGGGCCUGUGCCAGUGCCAGUGCCUGUGCCUGUGCCUGUGCCAGUGCCAGUGCCUGGACCAAUGCCUGGGCCAGUGCCUGUGCCAGUGCCUGUGCCAGUGCCUGUGCCAAUGUGCCUGUGCCAGUGCCUGUGCCUGUGCCAUGCCUGUGCCAGUGCCAGUGCCAGUGCCUGUGCCUGUGCCAGUGCCUGUGCCUGUGCAGUGCCUGUGCCAGAUGCCUGGAUGUGCCUGUGCCUGUGCCUGUGCCUGUGCCUGUGCCAGUGCCUGUGCCAGUGCCUGUGCCUGUGCCAUGCCUGUGCCUGGGUGAUGCCAGUGCCUGUGCCUGUGCCAUAUGUGCCAUGCCUGUGCCAGUAUGCCAUGCCAGUGCCUGUGCCUGUGCCAGUGCCUGUGCCUGUGCCAGUGCCUGUGCCAGUGCCUGUGCCAGUGCCUUGCCUGUGCCAGUGCCUGGAAUGAUGCCUGUGCCAGUGCCUGUGCCAGUGCCUGUGCCUGUGCCAGUGCCUCAUGAUGCCUGUGCCAAUGCCUGUGCCUGGAAUGAUGCCUGUGCCUGUGCCAGUGCCUGA